AUGACGAUCGGUAGUGAAACGAACGGAGGGCAGGAAAGCGUCCAGGUGGCAAGCGAUGAUCACCCCGAGACGAACCCAACGGGGAAAGAGGAGCAAACCUUCAAAAAGCCCAACCAGAGAGACAGAAAGAUAAUAAAAAAAAAAAAAAAGAAAAAAAAAGUGGGGGAAAAAAAGGGAAGGAACAUUUCGGAGAAACCCAAGGGAAACAGUGCCUCUGGGGGCAUCGAAAAGGGUGGUGGUUCUGGAAACGCCCCGGAGAUGAGCCAAGACGAGGGACAAAAAGAGGGGCAGCAGAUCUCAUCGGUCGUUUCAUUUUUGAAGAGGAAUGAAAGGCCUUCUCGGUCUAAUGAGGAAGGUGCUAAGGCCAAUGAGAAGCAACCCGCAACCAGGAACAACACCCAAGCGAAGCCCCGACGUGGCGACGAAGCCACGCAGGAAGAUAAAGCUAAGCGAACCGUCUUCAUUGGCAAUCUUCCACUUAAGAACAUGCCCAAGGGGAAGCUGCUAAAGCUGUUGGACGUGAAGAAGUCCGCCGUCGAAUCGGUCCGAUUCCGGUGUCAACCCAUGGAGGAGGCCUACGCCGGUAGGAAGAAGCUCGGUGUCAUUUUGAAGAAGUUCACGGACGCCAAGGACAACCAGAACGCCAUCAUCACGCUGAAGAAGGAGGAGAGCCUGCCUGGCUUGCUGAACAAAAACGGAAUGGUCCACGAGGGCUAUGUGCUACGAAUCAACAUGCUGGGAGAGAAGGCUAACUUCAACCGGAAGAAAUCCGUGUGCAUAAAAAACUUAGAUCGAAAAUUAAACGAGUCAGAUUUGUACAAUCUGCUGAAGGACGUCGACCAGAUAAAAGGCAUCCGCAUUUUGAGGGAUGAACGGACGAGCAUCUCCACGGGAGUCUCCUUCGUCCUCUUCCAAAGAAGAAGCUCCGUUAAGAAGGCUAUCGAGAUGUUUCACGGCCACUCAGUAAACGGCCGUCAAAUUAUCGUUGAGAAGAUCCAACGUGCGGACGACGCGCGGGAUGCACCCAAAGAUGUGACCAGACAAAGCAAACAGGUGAAACGAACCAUUCGGAAGAGUCGGCGGGAGGAGCAGAAGAUAGGCCAUGGGAAGAGGCACAAGAUGGGGAACCAAACGGCCCACAGAGCCGGACGAAAGAAGAAAUACGUGCGACGGAAACGCAGGGGCGGGGCCGCUGUCACUGAGGGGUAG